AUGAGGAGUUUUUACCCAUCUGAUUCUUAUAAAGAAUCACAGCUCAAUUCAUUGAAUCCACAGUCAUGGCUUCAAGUUGAGAGAGGGAAACUAUCUUCCUCUGCUUCUUCAUCUGCUCCACUGUGUAGAGAAUCAUUUAUCAAAGUUCCUGAGCCGCAAAUAGAGCCGCAUUAUAAACCUCUUGACUAUGUAGAAGUUCUUGCUCAAAUUCACGAAGAACUCGAGACUUGUUCUUUGGAGGAGAGAUCGGUUCUGUAUUUAUUGCAGUAUCAAGUGUUUAGAGGUCUUGGAGAGACUAAACUUAGACGGAGAAGUCUUCAAUCAGCUUGGCAAGAGGCUACAACUGUCCAUGAGAAAGUUGUGUUUGGAUCUUGGUUGAGGUAUGAGAAACAAGGAGAAGAAGUUAUCACCGAUUUGCUUUCGUCUUGUGGUAAAUAUUCGGAAGAGUUUGUGCCGUUGGAUAUUGCGUCUUAUUUCCCAGUUAUGCCCGCUUCUUCCCCUGAGGCAGCAUCUGUGAAGACGAAGCGUUGUAUAUCGAAAAAUGUUGUGUUUAAGAUAGGAGAAGAGAGAAUAGCUUGUGACAGGAAGAAAAUCGCUAGGCUUUCGGCUCCGUUUCACGCCAUGCUUUAUGGGAAUUUCACGGAAUCACUUCUUGAUGAGAUAGAUAUGUCGGAAAAUCAUGUAUCGUCAUCCGCUAUGCGGGUUGUCAGAGAUUUCAGUGUUGCAGGUGUAUUAAUGGGAGUUUCGAGGAAUCUUUUAUUGGAAGUUUUAGUUUUUGCAAACAAGUUUUGCUGCGAGACUCUUAAAGAUGCUUGCGACAGAGAAUUGGCUUCUUUGAUUUCUUCUAUGGAAUGUGCCAUUGAGCUUAUGGACUUUGCACUCGAAGAGAACUCCCCAAUCCUAGCUGCAUCGUGUCUGCAAGUUUUUCUUUAUGAGUUACCCGAUAGUUUGACAGAUGAGCGUGUUGUCGAGGUUUUGACUCGGGUGAAUAAAGCUCAGGUCUCAACCAUGGCAGGAAAAGCUUCAUUCUCUUUAUACUCUUCGUUAAGCGAAGUCUCAAUGCGUAUAGAUCCUCGGUCUGACAGAACACUGGGUUUCUUGGAGAAAUUAGUUGACUCUGCGGAAUAUGACCGACAUAGAGUAUUGGGGUUUCAUAGGCUAGGGUGUACGAGGCUAUUAAGGAAAGAGUACCGCGAGGCUGAAGAAGCUUUCAAGACUGCCUUUAAUCUAGGGCAUGUGUACUCGGCUACUGGUUUAGCAAGACUAGGUUACAUCCAAGGACAUCGGCUUUGGGCUUACGAGAAGCUUAGCUCGGUUAUCUCCUCUGUCUCUCCGCCGCUUGGAUGGAUGUAUCAAGAAAGGUCUUUGUAUUGUGAGGGUGAGAAGAAAUGGGAAGAUCUCGGGAAAUCAACUGAGUUGGACCCGACUUUGACAUAUCCUUACAUGUAUAGAGCUGUUACUCUAAUGUCGAAACAAAAUGCCGAGGCUGCGCUCGAAGAAAUCAACCGAAUACUCGGGUUUAAACUCGCGUUAGAAUGCUUGGAAAUCCGGUUUUGUCUUUAUCUCGGUAUGGAUGACUACGAAGCGGCUCUUCGCGAUAUCCAGGCUGUUCUCACUCUGUGCCCGGAUUAUCGGAUGUUCUGUGGGAAAGUAGCAGCGAGGCAGCUACGGACCCUUGUGUAUGAGCAUGUGGAGAAUUGGACAACUGCUGAUUGUUGGAUGCAGCUAUAUGAGAAAUGGUCGAAUGUUGAUGAUAUAGGUUCUCUUUCAGUAAUUUAUCAGAUGCUCGAAUCCGAUGCUUCCAAAGGUGUACUUUACUUCAGGCAAUCUUUGCUUCUCCUAAGGUUGAAUUGUCCUGAAGCAGCGAUGCGUAGUUUACAGUUAGCCCGAGAGCAUGCCUCAACUGACCAUGAGCGCCUGGUUUACGAAGGAUGGAUCUUGUACGAUACAGGUCACUGUGAAGAAGGGCUUCAAAAGGCUAAAGAAUCUAUUAGAAUAAAGAGAUCUUUUGAAGCAUAUUUUCUCCAAGCUUAUGCCUUAGCGGAAUCUAGCCUCGAUCCAUCGAGUUCUUCGACUGUUGUUUCACUUCUUGAAGAUGCUCUUAAAUGCCCCUCUGAUAGGUUGCGCAAAGGUCAGGCUCUGAACAAUCUCGGGAGUGUCUACGUCGAUUGCGAGAAGCUAGACUUAGCUGCGGAUUGUUAUAUCAACGCUCUCAAGGUGAGGCACACACGCGCGCACCAAGGCCUAGCUCGUGUUCAUUUCCUUAGAAACGACAAACCUGCAGCGUACGAAGAAAUGACCAGACUAAUCGAAAAGGCUCAAAACAAUGCAUCCGCCUUCGAGAAAAGAUCUGAGUAUUGUGAUCGUGAUCUCGCCAAAUCUGAUCUUGAAAUGGUCACACGGUUAGACCCUCUCCGGGUUUAUCCUUAUCGAUACCGCGCAGCAGUGUUGAUGGACAGUCGAAAGGAAAGAGAUGCUAUCGCGGAGUUAUCCCGAGCUAUUGCUUUCAAAGCUGAUCUUCAUCUUCUUCACUUACGGGCGGCUUUCCACGAGCAUAUUGGGGAUGUCGGGAGUGCGUUGCGGGACUGUCGUGCGGCGCUCUCAGUCGACCCUAACCAUCAGGAGAUGCUCGAACUCCAUAGCCGUGUUAAUAGCCAUGAACCUUGA